CUCGUCACAGCAUGCUAUUCACAAAAAUAUCAAGCUUGUUCGGCCUUUUGGUGUGGUUGAGUUACACGAUUUGUUCCUCAAAUUGUGCUACAUUCACAAUUUACGAGGACGCCUUCCGUACAAGCAAGAAGACCUUUUUGUGGUGGGGCGGCGGGGCUUAUGACAAGUUCUCCGUUGGCCUGGGCGAAUGCAUGACGCUGGGUUCCUACAAUGAUAAGGCCUCUUCCAUCGACCCACAUGGAGGUUGCAUAAAAGUAUGGCGAGAUGCUGGUUGUUCCGGUCCCUCCAUGAUUAUUACGGAGCAGCGCGGUUGUUCCAAAAACCUGGCUACUUGUGACAUUUCCAACUCAGUCGAAGCGGAGAAGGAACAAAGGGUCACAUGGGAUAACAGUAUUUCUUCCAUCUCCACCUGUUCCAAGGAAGAAGCUGUCGACCCCGUGGUAGACAACGGAGACCUCGUCGCGUAUAAUCCCCGGAAUUCUGCAGAUUUCUACAAAUAUGUAUUCCAGCUGGUCACACGGCAAAAGUUUAGCGUUUGGCUGUGCCUCCACACGGACUGCAAGCAGCAAGAGAGGAUCCAUGCUCAGGCGAGGAGUGACCAAUGUGCAAAUUUUGGCCUAACCUGGGACCGUCAAGUAUCCGCAGUUUAUACUAUUUACAACUGUGUGGAGCUCUUUGAGGAGAAGGAUUGUCGCGGUGAAUCCAUCCGGUUCAGAAAAUCCGUCUACUUGUUCUCAUACCCAGGGUUGGAUGAAUGCAAGAGUGACCGGUGCCGCUUACGAGAAGGGAACUGGAAUAAUAAAGCGAGAUCGAUGAAAAAAUGCUGAUUAAGCCGUUAAGGUUUUAUAAUAAAUUUCCUACUAAUAGUUCCAGCAUCUUGCUUCCGUCAGCUUGGAUCUAAAUUAGAAAUACACAUUUUUUAACCAUUUCUACUUCACGACCCUAGUAUCCAAUAGCAUCGAAGCAAUCCAGUAAUCAUUUUUUAAUAAUAAUUUUUAAUAUGUACGUUGCAACCUAAUGUUCGAAACAUUCGAAAUCUCAAUAAUGGAGGGUGAUCUAGCCAGAUUUUACGUCUAACUGUAUCUGCUCAAUCAUUACUAUGUAAAUAGUAUAGCUAAAUUUAUGAAAAUAAAUUGCUCAAAAACUUUCUGUCAUAUUA